AGAAUAUUCCAUUAUCAUUAUGGAGAAUGUGAAGCUGGUUGUGGUAGGGGACGGGGGCGUGGGUAAGUCCUGUCUCCUGAUCGCCUACACUACAAAUGCUUUCCCCUCGGAGUAUAUCCCCACAGUGUUUGACAAUUAUUGUGCCAAUGUUAUGGUAGACGGGAAACCCUACUGUCUCGGACUCUGGGAUACGGCCGGGCAGGAGGAUUAUGACAGACUACGCCCCCUGUCUUACCCCCAGACUGAUGUCUUCCUCCUGUGUUAUUGUAUUGAAAGCAGAGAUUCAUUCGAAAAUGUAGAGGAGAAGUGGAUACACGAACUUCGCCAUCACUGUCCUGAUGUACCGGUUGUCUUAGUUGCCUGUAAAAUAGAUUUGAGGUCAGAGGGUUCUAGAGAUCGUGACCUUGUUACGACAGAGGAGGGUAAAGACAUGGCCAAAAGAAUUGGUGCCUCAUUCUGUGAGACGAGCUCACUUCAUCUAACGGGACUUGGAGAAUGUUUCUCCGCAGCAAUUAAACGAUCUCUGGAAUAUAGAGGUAGUAAAAAGGCAAAAUCAGCUGGGGGUAUACUGGGAGGAAUGUUAAAAAAGAAAAAGAAGCCCCUCCCAAUAGCACCUGUUAUGCCUCCUGCCGGCAAGGCUCCAUGGGUUGAGAUUGUGACCUCAACCUUCAGUUCUGAUUGGAUGAAAGCCUUACAGAGUCCCUCCUACACGGACGUGACCUUCAUACUAGACGGUAACCAUAAGCUAGAGGCCCAUCGCCUGGUCUUAUGUGCAGCUUCCAAAUUCUUUCAAAAGGUCUUCAGAUUCUCACAAUGUAAACAGAAAAAUCAAUUAUCCAAAAUCGAAGAUGAAUCUUUCACCCUGGAAGAAUUAACAUCCGGGGCUGUAGAAGGCAUAGCAACAGCACUAGAGGAGGAUGUUGGUAAAAAACACACGACUGUACAACUCUGUGAUGGAAUCCGACCAAAAACUUUCGUACGGAUUCUGCAAUUCUUAUACACAGGAUUACCAAAUUUGCCAGAAGAUGUUUCUAAUAUUGAAGAUGAAAUCCAGGACUUGAGCAGGGUAGCCAAAAUGUUCGGGUUAGGUCAACUACAAACAAUCUGUGAGAACUGCCUCACGGAACAGGAGUUUCUGAACCCGAGCAUAGGGACGUAUCUAAACGACGAAACAGGAAAACGAAUGAAAGAGAUGUUUUUGAAUAACCCUGAAUAUGCUGACGUCAUAUUCCAUGUGGAAGGGACUGAAAUUUACGCCAAUAAAGUUGUUCUUGGAGCGAGAUGUGAAGUAAUGUCAGCCAUGUUUGGGGGAAGUUUUGUGGAAAGUCUUAGCACUGUGUCUGAGGUAAAAUUACAGGAAGUGACGUCAGAAUGUUUCCUGGCCCUUUUAGAAUACCUCUAUACAGACCACGCCCCUAUAGAAGACGGUGACUCGAUGGGAAUUUUGGUUUUGGCGGACGAAUAUUGUCAAAAGAGACUAAUUAAUUUAUGUGAACUUUACAUAACAAAAGAAGUUGAUCGCAACGUCACCAAACAAAUUGAGAAGUCAGAAAUAGACGUCAUAGGACUGUUACUCACAUCUCAGCUCCAUAACGCAGAACAGCUUUCUAACUGGUGUCUACAUUUUAUAUCCUCCAACUACAUCGCCUUUGAACAAAGGAAGGAAUUUCCUAUGCUGACAGGAAGCAACAAAGACCACGUGGAGGAAAAUAGAUGGCCGCCAUUAUCCUACCUGGAGGAAGUGAAGGAAUAUGAAAAGAAAAUGGAGGCAAUGGGUGAAAAGUGUAGCAUAAUGUAAAAUAACUUUGACAUAAAAUAUAUGUGAUCAUGAGAUGCGUAAUAAUGUAUUUUUUUCCGCAUGUGUUGCUCUUGCAUUAUCUGGGGAUACUCAUCGGGAAACUUCGCCAAUUCUGUACCAUUUGACUUCAUGUAACAAGAUGCCAAGUUUUCGCGAGUGCUGAGGAUUCAGCAUGAUGAAGGGACACAGGGUUAUGAUCAAGACGCAAGAAGGACAAAGUGAGGACAAAGAAGAUCACCUACUUCAGUUAAGCGUAAUCUUGAAAACUGUAUCAAUACAGAAAUGAUAACCAGCCGAUAUACAUGGCAACAUUUACAUAGUGUAAAUUUACUGAAUAGGAACAGGAUGAAAGUAUGUAAAUACAAGAACCCAAAAUGAUUGUAUCUUACCUUCAUAUAAAUUAUACAUGUAAAUAAAAUGAUGUCAUA